GUCACUGAGAAAGAGGGAUGGUUGGAGAGGGAGGAUGUAGGACCACGAUGCACAGCGGAGAAGCCGUGAUUGGAGAUUGUUAGAGGGUCUGGGUAGCUGCGGUUAAGAGCAGUCGAGCUCUGGGUCUCUGUUGGUCUUCGUUAGGGUGGCUGGAUAUCUGUUUGGGGCUGGUUGGUCUUCGUUAGAGUGGCUGGGGGUCCUGAAGAAUUCAUGGCUGAAAAGCAGCUGGAGGAUCCUAAGUCCAUUCCAGCAGAGCAGACCAAGAUGUAUUCACAGAACCAGUUCCGUCUGAGAACACUGCAGCCUGGACACAGACAGUCCACACGUAGGGAUCCUAAGAAGUGGGUGAGGUCUGCGUGUGUUAAUGGGGUGCAGCCUAGCAGGGCCAUGAAGUCCCAUCACUCCCCAGAGAACGCGGCCAGGGAGAGGAGCCGUGUGCGUAACCUCCGUCAGGCCUUCCACAGCCUGCAGGCAGCCCUGCCCUCCGUCCCCCGUGACACCAAGCUCUCCAAGCUGGACGUCCUGGUCCUGGCCACCGACUACAUCGCCCACCUUACUGAGACUCUGGAUCAGGGAGGGCCUCUGUCUGAACUCCCACUACCCCCCAGGGCAGGAGGCUACCUCCACCCAGUCAAGAAGUGGCCGAUGCGCUCCUUGCUGUACUGUGGGAGUGUGGGAGGACUGCUGUCAGCCAAUCAGACACCAGUGUCAGGAGAGAAGGCGACGCAUCCACUGACCUCUAGCCCAGAGGUCAACAUGGACAGAUCCAUUUAGUACUAGGAGCAAUGAAAUAACAAUAUAUCCAACUUAACUUAUAUCCAACUGCUUAUGAAACUGCAGUGAAUUGCAAUGUACAAGUAAUGUACUUGCUGAACACAGAAACUCCUACAAUGUCCAGGGGAUUAGAAACAAUGAUUAAGAUAUAAAAUACAAAACCAAAGGAUCGCUUUGCUUAGCACAUUGUACCACUUAUUUAUUACACGGCAUAAAACAUAAAUCACUAAAAGUGUGUAAAAUAAUUUGUUAUGAUCAAAGAGUGCAAUGAUGUUUGAGGGUCUCAAAGCAAUGUUGACCAUUUCAGUGACUUAGUGUUUUUAGCUUUAGGAUGAAUUAAAGUUGAUCUUUAUCCCUGUC